GGUCGGCGUUGUGGUGUCUCUUCUUCUUCUUGCUCAACUCCCGACUCCGGCGAGCGAGGGUGGUGUAGCGGCGCACGGGCGGAGAGAGCUAUGAGCGGAGCGAGCGGCGCUCUGAGUAACCCACCGGCUUUCUCUUAUUUCUCCGGGUAGCGGCGAAUAACGCACACCGGCUACUGCCCGCCACGCCGCCGCCGCCGCCGACCGUCCUUCCGGCUGUCCAAGCGCUCGCACCUUGCUGUCGUCUCGGACUGGGUUCGACUUUAAGCCAUGUCUUGAGGCGGCGGGGUCCGCGGAGAUAUGAUGUCAGACUACCGGGAGGAUGGCAUGGACCUGGGGAGCGACGCCUCCAGUCGCUCUAGCUCAGAGUCCAACUCCAACAAGGUUACGCCAUGCUCCCCGUCCCUCGACCUGGCCACCCUGGAGGACUACAAAUCCUCCCCCUCCCUCGAUCUGGUCACCCUGGAGGACUACAAAUCCUCCCCCUCCCUCGAUCUGGUCACCCUGGAGGACUACGAGGAGGACGAGGAUUACCAGGAGUACAAGAAAAAAGUGAUAGAGGAGUGGGAGGACGAAUGCAGGGAGGACUACACCGCCCACCAGCAAACUGGCCAAGAGGAGGGUGGAGGAGUAGGGGGGCUGGUGGGGGUCGGAGGACCCGGCAGAGGCUUCCGGAAAGCUGUGAACAGCCGGAGCCUCGCCGAAGAGUUCCAGGACGUGAAGACCGUCCCACCGCUCCCCGCCCCUGGUGGACGCACCGCCACCUCGGUUGCGGCCGUCCCCGACGAACUGAAACAGAACGGCAACCUGAUCCUGCCCUCGAGCAACGCGCUCCACUCCCCUGGAGCCCUACAGGGGGGCACAGGGACUCCCAAGUCCAGCUACCGCACCUCUGACCAGGGCAGAGGGUGCCGUGGCAUUGGGGGCGGUGGCGGGGGAGGUGGAGGUGGGGGAGGAGGCGUUGGGGGGACAGUUGGGGGACGAAUGGGAGGGUACAGAGAAGAGGAAUAUGCAGAGGAAGAACCUCUGCCCACCAUGGACUGGGCGGCUCUGGAGCGACACCUGGCCGGGCUGCAGUGCCGAGAGCAGGAGAACCAAAACCUCAACCAGAACCAGAACCACGGCGUGGGCAAGACCAACUACACCUCAGCCCAGAAGAAUGAGAGGGAGUCCAUCAGGCAGAAACUGGCCCUGGGCAGUUUCUUUGACGAUGGGCCGGGCAUUUACACCAGCUGCAGCAAGAGUGGCAAGCCAAGUCUGUCCUCACGGCUGCAGAGCGGGAUGAACCUACAGAUCUGUUUCGUCAAUGACAGUGGCAGCGAUAAGGACAGCGAUGCAGACGACAGCAAGACAGAGACCAGUCUGGACACCCCUCUGUCCCCCAUGUCCAAGCAGAGUUCGUCCUACUCGGACAGAGACACCACCGAGGAGGACUCGGAGUCUCUGGAGGACAUGGACUUCCUGAGUCGGCAGAAGAAGCUCCAGGCGGAGGCCAAGCUGGCGCUGGCGAUGGCCAAGCCCAUGGCCAAGAUGCAGGUGGAGGUGGAGAAACAGAAUCGCAAGAAGUCGCCCGUGGCUGACCUGCUCCCUCACAUGCCUCACAUCAACGAGUGUCUGAUGAAGAGGAGCCUGAAGCCCACAGACCUGAGAGACAUGACCCUGGGACAGCUUCAGGUCAUAGUCAACGACUUGCACUCUCAAAUCGAGAGUUUGAACGAGGAGCUCGUGCAGCUGCUGCUGAUCCGGGACGAACUGCACAUGGAACAAGAUGCCAUGCUGGUUGACAUAGAGGACCUCACCCGGCAUGCUGAGAGCCAGCAGAAACACAUGGCUGAGAAGACCCCAUCCAAAUGAGAGGCCCAGCCCCGCCCCCCCCCCAAUCCCGCCCCAAAGGCAAAACGAAAAACCCUUGCUCCACCCCCACAACGAACUAGACAUUUCUCCCCUGCCGCUCCACCUCUAACCUUGUGUCCAUCCGAGUCCCACACCUUUGCCCCGUGUUUUUUGCUCCUCGCUGCUUCCCCUCCCUCUCCCCGUGUCUCUACUUCCUCUCCAGCCCACUGAGUCCAGCGGCGGCGGCGGCGGCAGCACAGAUGAAGGCCACUCCUUCCAUUUGCUUCUGUGGUUUGAUCCCAGCUUUAAGGAUAGAGGAGCACUUCCUGCUUCCUGGGAGAAGAGGAAACUGAUUGUGUGUUGUCAUGGAUACUGUCCCCAGCUUCCUGUGCAGUGAUCGGCCUUGCUUCGCUAUUGUUUCUUUCAAACUUUCUACAUUCGCCACUAAAUUAUAACUGUCAAAUGCAAAAAUUGUGGGGGGGGGGUGAAAUAAUAGUGAAAAAUUUAGUAGAAAGUCAGUCAUGAAAAAAAAAUGAGCAAUGUUGUAUAAAAAAAAGCAAAACAGUGGAAAACUAACUGCUUCAGACCAUUUUAAGUUGGACGGUAAUUUUAAAGUAUUUCAAAGUCAACCUGUUUUUAUUCUGCACAAACGGUAGUUUUCAACUGAGAGACGUUUAUUUGAAGGUGCUAAAAGAGUGUAAAGGAAAUAUGCCUGCCUUGUAGUGGAGUCGUAGCUUUUGGUAAUACGUUCACUCUAAUCGCUCUUCAACAUUUUGUGAAUGUUGAUUUUCAGACACAAGUCAUUUUAAAUGAAUAAGUGUGUUAAUAUCGUUUUCAUCCUACUGUAUUCAGAAUCUUUAUUUGAGGGAAGAAAUGUUUAUGUACAGAUAUGUAAAAUAAAG